AUUGGAUACCUCUAGAGCAGAGCUCUCUGGUUUCCUUCCACCAAAAUGGCUCUUCCAUUCCAGUGUUUCUACCAACAUACUGGGAUAUUUCUUCUUCUGAUUUCAUCUUUAACCUUUGCUGAAGGUGGAAAGAUACUGGUGAUACCUCAGGAUGGAAGUCACUGGCUCAGCAUGCGCCCAGUAGCGGCAAAACUCCACCAAAAUGGACAUGAAGUUGUUGUGGUUGUUCCAUCAACAAGUUUGCAUCUGAAGCCAAAGGAGCCUCAGAAUUACACAGUGAAAGUAUAUCCAAUGCCUUACACAGAGGACCAUUUAGCUAUGGCGCUCAAAUCUUUUAUUGAUGCCCAUUUUAUUGAACAAUCUUUUUUGAAUAUGAUUAUUGCAAUGUACCAAAGCAUCUUAGAAAUAUCCAAGUAUUUUUUCAGCAACUGUAAGAGCCUCUUGCUCAACAAAGACAUGAUGCAGUAUCUGAGAGAGAGCAAAUUUGAGGUAGUUUUGACGGAUCCAACUCAGAUGUGCGGACCCUUAAUUGCUGAGCAUCUUUCAAUUCCUUCUGUCUACUUUCUGCGUGGAUUUCCUUGUGGUAUGGAUUCUGAUGCCACCCAGUGUCCAAGCCCUCUUUCCUACGUUCCCAGGUUAUUCCUCAAUAAUUCAGAUAACAUGACAUUUACUCAACGGGUAAAGAACGUGCUAGUCCGUAUGCUGGAGUUCUUUUACUGUAAGCCUUUCUUUGCUCAGUUUGAAGAACUUUCAGCUGAGGUUUUCCAGAACAAAGUGUCAACUGCAGAACUUCUAAGCCGUGGAUCUGUUUGGCUGAUGAGAUACGACUUUGUGUUUGAGUUCCCGAGACCAGUGAUGCCCAACAUGGUUUUUAUCGGAGGAAUAAACUGUGAUCAGAAGAAAAAUCUCUCUCAGGAAUUUGAAGCUAUUGUGAAUGCCUCUGGAGAACAUGGCAUUAUUGUCUUCUCCCUGGGCUCCAUGGUCUCCGAGAUCCCUAUGAAGAAAGCCAAAGAAAUUGCUGAUGCCUUGGGAACAGUCCCUCAGACGGUUUUGUGGCGAUACACAGGAAAGGUGCCCCCCGACAUGCCCAAGAACAUAAAGCUCGUCAAAUGGCUGCCCCAGAACGACCUUCUAGCUCACCCUAAGACUCGUGCCUUUAUUACCCACGGAGGCUCCCAUGGCAUUUACGAGGGCAUAUGCAACGCAGUGCCGAUGCUGCUGAUGCCUUUAUUUGGAGACCAGAUGGACAACGCCAAGCGAAUAGAGUCACGGGGGGCAGGACUGACACUGAAUAUACUUGAAAUGACUACACAGGACAUAACCACUGCCCUGCAUGCAGUUAUUAAUGAUAAAAAGUACAAAGAGAACAUCAAGCGUCUCUCAGACCUUCACCUCGACAGGCCCAUCCACCCCAUGGACCUGGCUGUGCACUGGGUGGAGUUUGUAAUGAGACACAAAGGAGCCCCACACCUCCGACCUGCUGCUCACGACCUGAACUGGAUCCAGUAUCACUCUCUGGACGUCAUUGCCUUCCUCAUUGUCGUGGUCCUCCUCUCCCUCUUUAUUUCUCUGAAGUGCUGCCUGUUCUGCUGCCGCAGGUGCUGCUGUAAGAAGGGAAGAACAAGAAAGCCAACCAAAUCCAAGUCCCACUAGCAGGUGAAAGCAAUGGUAGGAGAUAAACCUCUGCUCCAGACCACAUGAUCAGAGACCAUCCCAAAUUUCACUGAUUGCUGACUUUCAGUCAAGAAAUAGUAGUUCCUUUAAACUAGCACCAUGGGAGGGGUUGUUUCACUGAUAUAAUUGUUGCCUUUAAUUAAGAAUUGGUUAUUAAAAUUACUUUGUAUAGGAGCACUUCAGUCACUUGGGAAGAUACUAGUGUUAAGUCCAAGGCUCCUGGCUUCCACAUCUUGGUGUACAGAGGAUUCACGUUGACUUCCUUUUUUUUACCUCUAUUGCAAUGGAGACACACACACAUAUAUAUAUAUAUAU